AUGCUCUUUCAACUGCCUCUUGCCCUCUCCACGCUCGUAUUGGCCGCCAUCGCCAUCGCAAACGAUCCUACUCUCCCAGCAUGUGGACUCAAAUGCGCGACGGACAUUCCUCCCAAGUCUCCUGUCAGUACUUAGCCUUUUCCGUUCAAUCUGGACCUGCCUCGACCCUAUUGUCGGGUGGAUGGAGAUUGCACUCACCCUCUAUACUUGGCGCAGUGCCUCUACGUGACGAACGUGUCAUGCGCGUGCACCAAUGAAGUGUACUCCAAAUUGUUCCAGGACUGCAUCGUCCAAGGUGAGCCGCCACCACGAGCCCCGAGGGCACCCCAGCCAGGGGCUCACUGUCCGACGGCGCGUUCUUGGUUCAUUCAACCCACGUCGGACUUGUACUUCAUAGGAUGCAACAACAGCAAAGAUCUACAAGCGGUCGCUGAUUUCGGUCGAGAAACCUGCAAAUUGUUGAACAUCACGCCCGAUACCGGUGGUCUCGAUGGUAAGUUCUGGUGCGCGCUCUGGGAUCGACUCGACACCAUUCGAGCUGGUGACAGCUUCGCAUGCUCGUCGCCUAGGAACCCUUUCAGAUUGACUAUGUCACUGAACGUGUCUUUUUUUGUUACGUGACCCAGGAUCCCCCAAAACCUCGCAGCCAUCUACGGACUCGCACCAACAAAACGUCAAUUCCAGCCUCUCCGGUCCAAGUUCUUCAGCCGCUUCACCUCCACCGGCCUCAUCCCAUGCUCCUAUCCUGAUCUGCCUCGGUCUCGUGAGCAUCGGAAUCACCGCCCUGAUUUAA